GAUAAUUUAAAUAAUUUAAAAGUCAAUGGAUAUUCAAAACGAUUAAAAUUAGGGAAGUUCUAGUUAAACCAUAGAAACAAAAACUUAAGAACCAUAAAUGUAGAUAGAAAAUACAGAUUAGUAAUUAUAAAAUUUAUUUUUAGGUUUUAAUAUGUUCCAUAACAAAUGUCUUAGUAAAUUUAAGGAGGGGUUAAUAAAGUAAAGAUCUCAAAAAAUGCUAACAUUAUGAAAGCAGAUUCUUUAACAAAUGCUCAAAGAGCAGAAAUGAAAGAUUAAACUAGAGCAUAAUUAUAAAGUGCUAAUAAAAAGUAAGUCCCUGCUUAACAAUAAAUUCCUAUUUAAUAAUAAUAGCCAUUCUAAUAAUAACAAUAAUAGUAAUUUGUGUAACAAAUGCCAGUUAAUAAUUUUUAACAACCAUAGAAUAUAAAUAAUGUCAAUAGAUAACAAGUUCUAUAAUAGUAGCCUCAGUAGUAACAAUAAAAUUAAGGGUUUCUUGGAAGUGUAAAGAAUUAUUGGAAUAACUUAUUUGGAAGUGAUCCAGAAAACUAAUUUAAGUAUGAACAUACAAACAAUUAUAAUGAUGAUGAUGAUUUAUUAUAACAAUAUCAAAAAUAAGGUGGAUUACAAUUGAAUAUUGAAGAAAUGAUUGAAUUGAGAGUUUCAGCAUAAUAUGAUUAUUGUAAAUUAAAAAAAUCAGAGUCUCAAACUUUACCAGCAAUGGUGAGUAUUAUCACAAAAGAUAUUGAAUAAUAUGCUAAAAAUAACUCAUCCAUUGAGGCAGGUAUUGAUUUAUUAUGUGUUAUUGAUAAAAGUGGAAGUAUGAGCGGAGAAAAAAUUAGAAGUGUUUAAUAAUCUUUAGUUUAAUUAUUAGAUUUUUUAAGUGAAAAAGAUAGAUUAUGUCUCAUAGUAUUUGAUGGAGGUGCCUAAAGACUAACUCCUUUAAAGACUUUAACUAAAGGAAACAAAAAAUAUUUUACAAGGGCCAUUGCUGCCAUUUAAGCUGGAGGAUCAACAAAUAUUGCAGCAGGAACUGAUAUUGCUUUUAAGUAAAUUAAAUAAAGAAGAAUGAAAAAUUAAGNAUAUAAAUUUAUAUAUUAAUCAUAUUAUUAGAAUUAUAUCUUUUUUAGACAGAAAGUUUCAGAUCAAUUUUAUAUCUUGAAUUUAAAUAUUAAUAAAAGAAAUUAUACCAAUAAGAUAAUUUAAAUAAUUUAAAAGUCAAUGGAUAUUCAAAACGAUUAAAAUUAGGGAAGUUCUAGUUAAACCAUAGAAACAAAAACUUAAGAACCAUAAAUGUAGAUAGAAAAUACAGAUUAGUAAUUAUAAAAUUUAUUUUUAGGUUUUAAUAUGUUCCAUAACAAAUGUCUUAGUAAAUUUAAGGAGGGGUUAAUAAAGUAAAGAUCUCAAAAAAUGCUAACAUUAUGAAAGCAGAUUCUUUAACAAAUGCUCAAAGAGCAGAAAUGAAAGAUUAAACUAGAGCAUAAUUAUAAAGUGCUAAUAAAAAGUAAGUCCCUGCUUAACAAUAAAUUCCUAUUUAAUAAUAAUAGCCAUUCUAAUAAUAACAAUAAUAGUAAUUUGUGUAACAAAUGCCAGUUAAUAAUUUUUAACAACCAUAGAAUAUAAAUAAUGUCAAUAGAUAACAAGUUCUAUAAUAGUAGCCUCAGUAGUAACAAUAAAAUUAAGGGUUUCUUGGAAGUGUAAAGAAUUAUUGGAAUAACUUAUUUGGAAGUGAUCCAGAAAACUAAUUUAAGUAUGAACAUACAAACAAUUAUAAUGAUGAUGAUGAUUUAUUAUAACAAUAUCAAAAAUAAGGUGGAUUACAAUUGAAUAUUGAAGAAAUGAUUGAAUUGAGAGUUUCAGCAUAAUAUGAUUAUUGUAAAUUAAAAAAAUCAGAGUCUCAAACUUUACCAGCAAUGGUGAGUAUUAUCACAAAAGAUAUUGAAUAAUAUGCUAAAAAUAACUCAUCCAUUGAGGCAGGUAUUGAUUUAUUAUGUGUUAUUGAUAAAAGUGGAAGUAUGAGCGGAGAAAAAAUUAGAAGUGUUUAAUAAUCUUUAGUUUAAUUAUUAGAUUUUUUAAGUGAAAAAGAUAGAUUAUGUCUCAUAGUAUUUGAUGGAGGUGCCUAAAGACUAACUCCUUUAAAGACUUUAACUAAAGGAAACAAAAAAUAUUUUACAAGGGCCAUUGCUGCCAUUUAAGCUGGAGGAUCAACAAAUAUUGCAGCAGGAACUGAUAUUGCUUUUAAGUAAAUUAAAUAAAGAAGAAUGAAAAAUUAAGUCACAUCAAUAUUUUUGUUAUCGGAUGGUUAAGAUACUGGAGCAGCUGAAAGAAUCAAAAAAUAGAAAGAUUUAAUUGAUGAUGUUGUAACAAUUCAUUCAUUUGGAUAUGGAGGUGAUCAUGAUGCUGCUUUGAUGUCAAGUAUUUGCAAAGUUGGACAGGGUAGUUUUUAUUAUAUAGAAAAUGUUAAAUUGCUUGAUGAAUUCUUUGCAGAUGCACUAGGUAGAUUAUCUUCAGCAUUAGCUGAGAAGAUUUAAAUUGAUAUUAAAUGUGCUCCAUAAAACCCUUUCAAUGAUGUUAAAAUAUAAAAAACAUAUGGUGAUAUGUGGAAACCUAUUGAUAAAGAAAGAUUUUACUAAAUUCAAGUUCCUUAAAUUGCUUCAGAUUCUAGGAAAGAUUAUGUUUUCGAAAUAACACUCCCUCCUUUUACUUAAUAAAUUUUAGAUGAAUAAAGAGUGCCUUAAGUUAUUCAUGUUUAUUUAUAAUUCAAUAACACAUUCUCUAAACAAAAUUACUAAAAGGUAGCAGUCUUAUCACUUAAAUUAUAUAAUGAAGAUGAAUAAAUUGGAGAAAAUGAACCUAAUCAAGAUGUCACCAGAGAAUUCUUGAGAGUUUCUGCUACAGAAGCGAUUGAAUAAGCUAGAAUGAAAUGUGAAUAAUAAAAAAAUGAGGAAGCAGAAGCUAUGUUAGAAAAAAUGAAAUAAAAUAUUCUAACUGAUUAAAAAUUGGCAAAGGUUUCUGCCUAAGCUAUUUUAGAUAUCGAUUAAGCUAAAAAUGCAAGCAAAAGAAAAAACUAUUCCAAUUUUGGAAUGAAAUAAAUGUAUCAAAUGUCUGUGAAUAAUUAUCAAUAAGAAGGAUUGAAUGCUUAAUUUGAUUUUUCAGGUUAAUAGAUGCAAUAAGUUGAUCAAGGUAUGUUUUAAAAUAGAAAACAACUUAAGAUGGUGUAAUAAGUUUAGUAAAAAAAAUCUUGAAAAUUAUUUAUAUUAUUUUAAUAAUUUAAAAUUUUAAUAA